AUGUCCUUGAAGGACUUCGAAUCUGAUUCUGGCUUACAGACCCGUGCAACCAAGGCACCAUACGAGUUACACGCCACGCUCAACACCCCAGCACCUAUAUCAUGUCUUCUCAUCCCUGAACAUGAACAGAUCGUUGCUGGUUCCGAUGAUGGGUCUGUUCGGAUCUACAACAGUCGGUCUUACAAGGUCGAGAAGGCUAUCAGGGGCCUCAAAGCGGAAGUCUCAUCGGUGGUAUGCCCCCGAGGGGACAGGCCAGAACUUUGGGUCGCAUCGGGCUCUCAUGUCUACAACUUCCUGCUUGCCUCGGAAAAGUUGAUAUACAGCCUCCAGGAUGCUCAGCAUACGAUCCGGCCGGGGACGGAAGAAGAUGACGUUUUAAACGAGGGCAGUCAUCUCGCUGUCAGUCUAGACUCUGGUGUUGUAUCGGUCUUAGAUCUCGCCACCCGACAAGUCACGUCAAUGAAGACACGCCAUAGCAAUAUAUGCGGCACCUUGAAGUUCGUACCUGACCGCCCACGUGAGCUUGUGAGCGGGGGAUAUGAUUCUGCACUGUUGCACUUCGAUUUUCUGCAAGGCGUUGUGCUUUCCCGCCAUGAAAUAGGUGCCAUUCCUCCGUCAUCAGGCAUAUCGCUGUCGCCACCGUUCAUCUUGUCACUUGCGAUAUCGCCUGCAGGAGUCGCUGCCGGAGGGACUGCUGACGGUCGCAUAUGGGUUGGUCUUGGUGGUGAAAAGGCGUCUUCAGGCACCUCAGGCAAGAAGAAGAAGAAAUGGGAAGGGCUGAAAGCCGAGACCGGUUUCACCAGCAAAACCGCGGAAGGGCCAAUAGUUGCAUUGACAUUCACAGGCCCUCGACGAGUUGUGAGCGUUACGCUGCUUGGCCAAGUUUCUCAGCACAACAUUCUCGGCACCGCAGAGCUUUCCCUGGAACACGAAUGGUCGCUUCAAACCAAAGCUGUGACCAAAGCGAAUGCUCUUGCUGUAAGCCGGAAUAAGAUUGUUGUAGGCGGUCUGACCAGUGAAGGGAGGGGCGUGACCGAGGUUUGGUUGGGAACGGAAGGAGCAGAACCGCGCUCAGGUAUUAGUAGCCAGGCUUAA